GGAGACGCUCCAGCAGUUAGUCGGCGUCUGAUCAAGCAGUGUCCGGCAGAAUAAAUCCAGACGAGCUUGUUGACAGAUUUCGCUCGGCUUUGAAUGGAAAAGUUGAAGCAGGGUUGUCUGGAAGCUCCUAACUGACUCUUGUUUACCGCUCCCGAUGACCAUUAAGGAAGACGACGACACUUGAGUUUGUUUUGAGAGACGCUGUCAACAAAUAGCUCUAGGAGGACACCUGCUGUCACGACCAUGAGGCACCCCACGCCGCUGCCCUCUUUGGGGUUGAUGACCUGCUCGUUGAUCGUCUUGUUGCCGCUGUUUGGGUCGUGUGUUCCAGCACAGCCACCAGUUCAGCCAGGACCUGUGUUCGUGGACCAGUUCAGUCGCUUUGGCCUUCGCUUUAACUGGAAAAACCUCUCCUGUCCCCUGUGCAAAGCUGUCUUUACCAUUCUUGAUAUCGCACUUCUGAGUGACACAAAUGAGGAGCGAGUGGCGUAUGCAGUAGGUGAAGCGUGCAUCCAUCUCCAUCUGGCGGAUGAGCAGGUGUGUCGAGAAAUAACUGAGCUGUUCAGGGAUGAUUUCAUCAGGGCUUUGCAGGAGUCGUUGCUUUGGCCCACUGAAGCGUGUGCCCUGUUGGUGGGCCCUUCAUGCGGCAAAUUUGACAUUUACGCGCCCUGGAACAUCACUUUGCCAAAAAAUCCUAAACCGCCAGUUAUAUCACCCUCGCUUCCCAAACCUGGUUCUCCGCAGAGCAGAGUCCUGUUUCUCACAGACAUUCACUGGGACAAGGAGUACAAACCCGGCAGUGCUGCAGACUGUAAGGAGCCACUGUGUUGUCGUAAAGACUCUGGCAUACCCAGUUGGAAGCGACGGGAGGCUAGAUACUGGGGAACCUAUAGCAAGUGUGACCUGCCUCUACACACUGUGGAGAACCUCCUUGAAAAUGCUGCCAAAACUGGACCUUGGGACUGGGUCUACUGGACUGGCGACAUACCAGCACAUAAUGUGUGGUCCCAGACCAGAAGUCAACAGCUGUCAGAGCUUACAGUCAUCUCCAGGCUCAUCCACAAACACCUGGGACCUAAUGUGACAGUUUACCCUGCUAUAGGAAACCAUGAGAGUACACCAGUAAACAGCUUCCCACCACCUUUUGUUCAUGGCAACAGAUCCUCUGCCUGGCUCUACGAUACAAUGGCGGCAGAAUGGGCACCAUGGUUGCCAGAGCAAGCUUUGAAGAGUUUGAGAUAUGGAGGAUUCUACACAGUGGAAAUUCAGCCUGGUCUGAGGGUGGUCUCUCUCAACAUGAACUUCUGUGCACACGAAAACUUCUGGCUGAUGGUGAAUUCUACUGAUCCUGCUAACCAGCUGCAGUGGCUGGUCCGUGUUCUCCAGACCAGUGAGGACAAGGGAGAAAAGGUACACAUCAUUGGUCACAUCCCACCCGGCCUAUGUCUUGGCAGCUGGAGCUGGAACUACUAUCAUAUUGUCAACAGAUAUGAAAGUACAAUCACUGGGCAGUUUUUUGGCCACACACACUUUGAUGAAUUCCAGAUGUUUUUUGAUGAGGACACCAUGGCCCGGCCAUUAGGAGUGGCAUUUGUUGCCCCCAGUGUGACCACUUAUGUGAAUCUUAACCCAGGGUACCGUGUCUACUAUGUUGAUGGGAAUUACCCUGGCAGCUCUCGGCUGGUCCUCGACCAUGAAACCUACAUCCUGAACCUCACAGAGGCAAACCACAGUCCAGAGUCGCAGAGUAAACCAGAACAGAACCCCAAAUGGACACUGCUGUAUCGUGCCACUGAGGCUUACGGUCUUUCCAGUCUGUUUCCUGCUGAUUACGAUAAGCUGUUGCAGGCCUUUAUCAGCGAUGACCACAUCUUCCAGAAGUUCUGGUACCUCAGACAUAAAGGACACGUGUCGGCGACCUGCAAAGAGACCUGCAAGACUACAGUACUCUGCUUUCUGCGAAGCGGGCGUUAUGAUGAGCUGGAGAAGUGUGACCACCUCAAUGGUUUUGGGGGAAGCUUGGUUCGUGCUGCAAGAAAAACUCUCUGUUAAUCUGUCAAAGUUUGGACUGAGGCUGGUGGGAGAAAAGCAAUAUGACCAAAUAUGAGCCAAAAAUAUCUUUUUGUAGAUAUUGGAAAUCCAGCCUGAGUCAAGAGUCUUCAGUUAUAGGCCUUAUUGUCUGUUAGCACCUGGCUGUGGUAAUUGGUCCUGGAUUUACCAAAUGUUUCGCAAUGCCAAUUGUGUGUAAAAGCUGCUGGAAAUUGUCCUUUUAAAGAUGUUCUGUUUACUUGAAAUGCACAGAAUUUACUGUGGGGCAAAGGUGUCAAACUCCUGUCCUUGAGGGCCUCUAUAUUGCAGGUUGUUGUUUCUGUGCUCCAGCACACCUGACUUAAAUUAAUGGUUCAUUAAUGUGAAGAAGUUGAGAAACGUUUGGAUCAGUUAGAUUUGAAUUAGGUGUGUUGGAGCAAAGAAAACAAAGAACCUGGAGGAUGGUGGCCCUCAGACCGAAGUUUAGGCUGUUGUACUUAUGUGCCUUUUUUUUUUUUUUUUUUUUUUAAAUGAGGGAAUGAGCAAACGUGUCAAUCAUUAAUGGCUAUUUUGCUACUUCAGAGCUUAAGAUUUUUCACAUUUCCUCAUAGAUUUUGACACAAAGGAAAGUGCAUUAAAAUGUAUUGGGUUGCUGUUGUAGUGUCAUGAUUAGCUGAGAUUUAAAGAUGGUCAAGGGACUAAUAGGAGCACUUCAUAAAAUUUGGAUCUUAAUUUGAGCCACCAUUGUGGAGACUAAAGUCAACCUUUUUCAUCUGCCUGAACAAAGAAAUCUUUAAACCUAAAAGGCCGUCAGUGUUCGCUGAAGUUUACUUAUGUUUGCACUUUAACUCUUGAUUAGUCAGAACAGGUCUGGGCUUGAUGUGAGAAGCAUAAAUGUUUUUGGAUUCGGGCCUAGAAUGAUGUAGCAUGACCGUGAUUUGUGAAACGAGCAAUAAUUUAAGACAUUGUAUGUAUGGCUAAAUGAAUAAAAGAUGAAAUUAGAAA